CUUUGUGUGCAAGAGUCGCUUCAAGGAGCAGGAGCAAUGACGUCCGGCCGAGCAGGAGCAAUGAGGUCCGGCCGGACUUGGUGGAGGCCCGGCAGAACAGGUGGAGGCCUGGCUGGAGCUGAUGGAGGUCAGGCAGACCCAGCGGAGGUCCGGCCAGACCCAGUGGAUGUCAGGCAGACCCGGUGGAGCUAUGUGUGCAACUACGGGGGACAGCAUGGCACGGCAGCCACACGAGCUCCGGCACGAGGUGGGUCGGGUGUGAUGACGUGGCAUGGCUUGUGGGGCGGGUUGGGCGUGAUGACGUGGCGUGCCAUGAGGGUGGGCUGGAUCAGCGCGUGA